AUGUGGAAACUUGGAUCAACUGCUAUAGGUAUUCAGACUUCUGAAGGUGUUGUACUAGCUGUAGAAAAAAGAGUAACUUCUUCAUUAAUGGAACCUACAACUAUUGAAAAAAUUGUGGAAAUUGAUCAUCACAUUGGUUGUGCUGUAAGUGGACUAAUGGCUGAUUCAAGAACAAUGAUUGAUAGAGCUAGAGUAGAAGCACAAAGCCAUCAAUUUCUAUAUGAUCAAAAGAUGCUGGUUGAAAGUGUAGCUCAAGCAGUUUCUAAUUUAGCUAUUCAGUUUGGGGAUAGUGAUGAUGAUGGAAAUGCAAUGAGUCGACCAUUUGGUGUUGCUAUUCUUUUUGCUGGGAUAGACAAAUGUGGACCACAGUUAUACCACAUGGAUCCUUCAGGAACAUAUGUUAGAUAUAAUGCCAAAGCUAUUGGUUCAGGAUCAGAAGGUGCUCAACAGGCUCUACAGGAAUCAUAUCACAAAGUUAGUAUUAUGUUUGAAUAUAAUAAUAAACUAAAUGGAACAAUUGGUUAGUUCUUUA